ACUUCCUAGUACGGCCACGCCUCACUGGGUCUCCCGCCAGACAGCCGACAAAGCCGCAGCAUCCGGAGAGCUCCGCCUUCUGAUUGGCUCUCAGAGCUCUCUUCUUGUCUCGCGUUGCGGAUGGGCCAAUUGGAUUACUCGCAGUCUAGGGGCCUGAGGCUCAAGAGUGGGGGCGCAGCUGUUUUCUUAGGGUAUACAUCAAAUUUUAAGAAGAAAGAACAUCAGGACCUUAGGGUUCUGUUUUAACCUAUAUGGUGUUGGCUGUUCAGAAAAUAACAAUGAAGACUUCAAAAUGGUGGUUUAUAUGUUCUUCGUGCAGAAGCAGUGUACUAAAGAAGCUGUGCUGAUCAAUGAUUUUGAGCAAAGCCAAGAAAUUUGAAACAAAUUUGCCGAUGAUACACAACUUCCAAGCGUUCCAUAUUGGAAGAGGAGAUAUUUAUACACACAAAAAAAAUGCCUUUGUUUAGUAAAUCACACAGAAAUCCAGCAGAAAUUGUGAGAAUUCUGAAAGACAACAUGGCCAUUUUGGAAAAGCAAGACAAAAAGACAGACAAGGCUUCAGAAGAAGUGUCAAAAUCACUGCAAGCAAUGAAGGAAAUUUUGUGUGGUACAAAUGAAAAGGAACCCCCAACAGAGACAGUGGCGCAGCUGGCACAAGAGCUCUACAAAAGCGGGCUGCUGGUGACACUGAUAGCCAACUUACAACUGAUAGACUUUGAGGGGAAAAAAGAUGUGACGCAGAUAUUUAACAACAUCCUGAGAAGACAGAUAGGCACUCGGAGCCCUACUGUGGAGUAUAUUAGUGCUCACCCUCACAUCCUAUUUAUGCUCCUCAAAGGCUAUGAAGCCCCACAGAUUGCCUUACGUUGUGGGAUUAUGUUGAGAGAAUGCAUUCGACAUGAACCACUUGCCAAAAUCAUCCUCUUUUCUAAUCAGUUCAGAGAUUUCUUCAAGUAUGUGGAAUUAUCAACAUUUGAUAUUGCUUCAGAUGCCUUUGCUACUUUUAAGGAUUUACUAACCAGACAUAAAGUAUUGGUAGCGGACUUCUUAGAACAAAAUUAUGACACUAUUUUUGAAGACUAUGAGAAAUUGCUUCAGUCUGAGAAUUAUGUGACUAAGAGACAAUCUUUAAAGCUGCUAGGUGAACUGAUCCUGGAUCGCCACAAUUUUGCCAUUAUGACCAAGUACAUCAGCAAGCCGGAGAACCUAAAGCUGAUGAUGAACCUUCUUCGAGAUAAGAGUCCCAACAUCCAGUUUGAGGCCUUUCAUGUCUUUAAGGUGUUUGUGGCCAGUCCUCACAAAACGCAGCCCAUUGUGGAGAUUCUGUUAAAAAAUCAACCUAAACUCAUUGAGUUUCUGAGCAGCUUCCAAAAGGACAGGACAGAUGAUGAGCAGUUCACCGAUGAGAAGAACUACUUGAUUAAACAGAUUCGAGACUUGAAGAAAACAGCCCCAUGAAGACUUCACUGCAAUGCCAGUCUUUCGUUCUCCUCUGCCCAGUUUGUAUGAUGUCGUUUCAAAAAGUCACUGUUCUUGGGAAGUCCCUGGAGGUGACUGUUUUUUCUCAAUUGAUUGUCCAGGGUAGAUGAAAUAUAAACAUUUGAAUGCAAAAAUUAACCUGGAAUAAUAAUAUAUUCAUUUUAAUCAAGUUUGUGAUUAUUUAUGUGAAAUCAAAGCCAUUGUAUUGGUAAAAGUAGUUUUAAUUUGCAGAGCCAAGCCCAAGUAGGAGGAACUCAAAUGCACCUCUGAAACCCAGGGUGGAGCCAAUUUUGCCUAUCUGUACUUUGUCAGAUUCCUUGAGGCAGUGAAAGGUCACAGAAGAUAAGGUCACUGUCACUGUAUGCAUCCUUUCCUCCCAGUCUAGUGUCCUCCGACUGUAAUUAGUGGUUCCUGACUUCCUUCUUUUCCUGUGGCACAUCCCAUCCCAUCUCUGACCCAGGCACAUGCCUGUACACUGAGUGGAAGCAUCUGAGUAGGACCAAGAUGGCUUGGCAAGGGCCAUGGGGGCACAGUGGACCAGGGCGUAACCUGCUCUCAGGAGAACUACAAACAAAUGGUUCCAGAGAGUCACUGCUGCUCGCUGUCCACUUCUAGAGGGUCAGUAAUGUCAGGAUAUUUUAUUCCUGUCAAUCUAGGGAGAAUGCUUUAUGAAGACAGUGUUUUUAGAGUGAGAAUCAUUGCAUUGGGAUUGCACUAGGUACAAACCAUAUCACCACCCUUCUUUCAAUGGGUGAUAAUGCCCAA